CGAUGGCUGUACUUUACGCACAUGCGCAUUAGCGAGCACGAAUAGCCCGCGCUUACGUUUCACUUGUUAGCUGUCAAGUUUCUUAAUUCGUCAUCACUUUAGCCUGGGUGGAUGCUGUACUUGUUGGACUGAUUAUUGAAUAAGUGUCAAUACGUAGUAUAGUUAAACCCAUAGUGUAGCUCCCCAUUUUCGGUACGAAGGAAUUGAAAAUGCUGCAUUUGUAGGAGUGAUGUGUAUUUAAAGUGGAAGUGUGUAGAAAUCAGCAGUAGUGAAUGAAUCGGCUCUCAGAGCCGGCUGCUUGAAAUGAACCACAGGAGCCGGUUGGCGUCGUUGGGAGCAAUUUAGGAGCCGAUAAUUUUUUUCCUCGUCUUUUUUAUGUUAAACGCGAAUGUCAUUGGUCAAGAUGUGUGGCGGUGUCUCGGUGUCCACACUGAGCAGUGGGAGGGUUGAGGUUAAACACGCUGUAGUGCUCUUAGAGCCGAUUCGUUCGUAAGAAAUUUGCAUGAAGAGAUUUGACCUAUUUUUACCAAAUUUGUCUGUUGAGAUGGGUAAUGCUCUGAGAUCGAUUAUAAUCGAUAAUAAUCGAUAAUAAUAAUAAUAAUGCGAGUCCACCUUAUCAAAAGCAAAAAAUUAUAAUUUCUCAAGAGUAUUUAACAUUAUAAUUAGAAUAUCAAGAGCUUUUAAAUACAAAUAAAUGAAACACGUGCGUGAUGUAAACAUGAUGUAAAACAAUAGCUCAAUCAAAGUGUAUUGAUUAGAAAAAAAUAGAUCAGUAGAAAACCGUAACGUAACGCGUACCAUAGACACUACGCCAUAUUUCUGAUUUUGAAUCAGUGUCACUUUCAUUAUUUUCCAAAUAUUGACAAAAAAAAAAGAGAAAUAACCUGGAAAUACUUAAGUUUACAUUGCGAGUCAAUUCAGACGACAGCUCAUUUGCGUAUACACUUCUGUAUGGAAUACGCUGUUUAUGUUUAAUGGGGUGUAAUGUUUUGUCAGUCUGGUCAAAGGACAUAGUUUGGAUGUAGCAAAAUGUGUUUGGUGCGCAACGAGGUGUUGUCCUAAAAGUGCAGGUAGAGUGAUGUACGCAGAGCUUCAAAAUGCAAAAAGAAGAAAUAGGAGUGAGGCAAAAAACAUUUUGAGUAAUCAAUUUAUUGCAAGCAUUAGAGUGAAAUAGGCUGAUCAAAAGUAAAAAAUAAAAAAAGCCAUAAAUCCCACUAAAAUAGAAAUAAAAUGUUUUUUUUGUUUGUUUUUUUUUUAAAAGGAGUGAGUAAUGAGUAGCUGUGCCAUUCUUGUUAAUGAGGUGAAAAAUGGGUUUGGGCAUGCUUGAUGCUAGUGUUCCCAGGAGGCUAGUGGGAAUGUUGCUCCAGGUGGUGAAGAUGUCUUCACGGAGGGCAUCCACUGUUUGGAGCUGAUGUCCGUUUUUGUAAACCUCCCUUGCCAUCCAUGUCCAAAUGUUCUCCACUGGAUUUAGAUCAGGGGAACACGCAGGAUGAUCCAAAAGAGUGAGCUUAUUCCUCUGGAAGAAGUCCUUUGUGAAGUGCAGCGUUGUCCUGUUGAAAACGGCAGUCAUUACCACACAGACGAGGGCCUUUGGUCAUGAGGGAUGCCCCCUGCAACAUCUCCACAUAGCCGGCUGCCAUUUGCCGCCCCUGCACAACCCGAAGCGCCAUUGUUCCAUUGAAGGGUAGUGCCGUGUGGAAAACAUCUCAGGUGGGAUCUCCUUGUCAUGCCAGUAACAUUGGGAGCCAUCAGGACCGUCAAGGGAGAAUAAAACUUCCUUCCACCUUUCAAUGUCCCAUGUUUAGUGCUCUCCUGCAAAUUCCAAAUGGGCAAUUUUGUGGCGUAGAAGGAAGCGAGGCCUUUGAAGACCUAAGAGCCUUCACUGGCAGAUGGCGUCUGAUGGUUAUUGGACUGCACUCGGCACCAGUAACAACCUUCAUUUGGGCCGAGGAUGGUCCCGUGUCUUGACGGACAGCCAAUGAGAUCCUCCAGCUCAUUUUUUUUGAGUCUACCACUUGACUUUUUUGUUCCAUAACCCUCAGAAUGUUUGGAGAUUCAUAUGAGCUCAACAAUCCCACCGCGUUCAAAGAGAGAAAGCUUUUUUGCUUUUGCCAUCAAGAGAUCAUGACAGUGUGAAUACCUGACACUAAAUCACAUUCAAUCCACAUUUUUGCCAAGAGUUUGCCUUUUAAAGGUUGUCCUUUUAAACUUUUGAUCAGCUGACGAACAGCCUAUUUCACUUUAAUGCUUGUUUGCAAUAAAUUGCUUACUUCAAACAUUUCUUCUUUUGGCAUUUUGAAGCUCUACAUCCAACAAUGCAAAACGUACAUUCUUGCAAUUUUUCAACAGGUCUUAAAAUUUCAAUCAGGAGUUUAUGUUAGCAGUAUAAAUGUUUAAAAUGAUAAAUUAAUGUUUUUGAAUCACUGUGUUUUAAGACAGCAAGUUCAGCGUCUUGUGUUUUUGUUUCGUGGGUCUGUGGGCUGGCCCGUGCGUGGGAGUGGGGUGGAACUGGGAGGCGGCUGAGAAGGAGGAGGGCUGUGCUUCUUUUCUUUUUAAACCUGCUAAUCCUGCUGCUGCCCUCAAUCUCUGUGAGGAGGAGGUGAGCAAGGACGCAUACUCUGUAGCUCCUUUAUUAGUAUAUCGGCUUCAGAAGGUGUUUUUUUUUUUAAUGCUUUUGAUGGUUGAAAUAUGUCUGCGACAACCAGUGCCGCUGAACACCAGGAAAGCGACUCCAACAAACUGGAGUCUGUGAUACAGAGACUGGAGGAGAGUGUUUUAUCUGAGGAGAAGAAGCUGACCGUGCGGGGACCCUCGCCGGAUGCUCCCCCUACGUGUCUACCAGCAAGAGUUCGGGAGAUUGUCACAAAGAACCUCAAGGAAAGCCCUCCGGCGGCAAUGUCCUCGCUCAUGUCCCUCCAGGAGGAGAACCGGGUUCUGCAGGGAGAGUUGGUCAAGCUGGAAGACCUGCUGGCCCACAGCAGAGCGGACCGGGAUGAGCUGGCCAUCAAGUACGGUGCAAUCAGCGAGAGGUUGGAGCAGGCCCUACGGUUCGACUCGGGAGACGGCGACCGUGAUUCACCAGAAUCUCGCAGCCUGGCUCAGCAGAACGUGGAUCUCCGCAGGCGGCUGGAUGAGGAGCAGGCGGCCUACAAGAGAAAGCUCACUGCCUAUCAGGAGGGCCAGCAGAGGCAGGCGCAGCUAGUGCAGAAGUUGCAGGCUAAGGUGCUGCAGUAUAAGAAGCGGUGUGGAGAUCUGGAGCAGAUGCUGCAGCAGAAGUCGUCAGAGUUUGAGAAACCCAGGCUGAGUGAUUCCAGUGAAGCAUCUAAUGGUCGCCAUCAAGACGAAUCGAGCAGCAACCUGGAGGACGCUUUAAUCCGUCUAGAAGAAGAGCAACAGAGGAGUAGCAGUUUGUCUGCGGUGAACGCCAUGCUGAGGGAGCAGCUGGAGCAGGCCGGUUUGGCCAACGAGGCUCUCAGCCAGGACAUCCGCAGGCUCACUGCUGACUGGACCAAAGCCCGAGAAGAGCUGGAGCAGAAGGAGUCGGACUGGAGGAGAGAGGAAGAGUCUUUCCAUAGCUACUUUAGCAGUGAGCACAGCCGCCUGCUCACUCUGUGGCGACAAGUGGUCGGCUUCCGUCGGCACAUCUGUGAGCUGAAGAGUGCCACUGAAAGAGACUUGUCAGACAUGCGUAACGACCUGGCCCGAACGUCACACUCCGCUCAGGUGUCGUGCACAUCUCUGUGCGCGACAAUGCACAAUCGAGAGGGCGGAGCGGCGCUGGCCCUGGAGCGCGAGAAGGCUCUGCGGGUCCAACUGGAGCAGCAACUUAGAGAACGGGUGGCCGAGAUGAUGAGCCUUCAGUCCAGAACUGACACCGAGAGAAGCGAGCUCAACAUCAGGCUGUCUGACUCAGUGCGGGAUGCAGAAAGGCUGAAGGACAAAAUUGAGGAGAAAGAGCGAGGACUUGUGCUCCUGUCCAGGAGACUGGAGGAGCAGAGCAGCAAUGACGGGAGUGACAUGCAGCUGAUGAGAGCUCACACUGAGACGCUAUUGGACACACUGCGGGACAUAGCGCAGACGGUACUGUCAGAUGCAGAGUCGUCGUCGGAGGCAGACCAGGACAACGCUAUGGCUCCGCUGCUGGCCUUCAUCCACAGCUCGUCCCCUAGCGCUGCUCCUCGGAGGUCAUCCUCCCCCUCGAGGCUCACCUCACUGUCUGCUCUCCCGGAGGCAACCCUGUCAGCGCUACGCUUGGCAGUCACAAACAAGACGCUCCAGCUGCAGGAUGCUCGGGGGCGUUUGCUGUCUGCUCAGUCCUCCAUACAGCAGUUACGAAAGCAGCUCGCUGAGGCCGAUUCAGCCAAAAGGGAAGCGGACCAAUGCAAUCAGACACUACAGAGAGAGCGGGAUGCCGCCCAGAGGGACAGGGAGACCACGCAGCGAGAAAGGGAUCGCCUGCGGCAGGAGAGAGACACGCUGGCCAGUGAGAAAGUGAGCCUGGAGAAGAGCGUGCAGGUAGCACAGAGCGGAAAGCAGACUCUUCGGAUGGACUGUGAGAAGCUGCAGCUGGCUCUGACGUCCACGCAGAGGGAGAAGGACCACCAGAGGGAGGAGAAGGAGGCCGCCAUCCAGGAGAGGGACCGGGCCAAGGCCGAAGUUCAGAGGAUUCAGAAACAGUGGGACCAGAGCGAGAGCCGAGCCUCAGCCCAGCGUGGCGAGCUGUCUGCAGUGAGAGAGACUCACCAGCAGGGGGAGAUUGAGAGGCAGCUGCUGGAGAGGGAGAAAACCCAACUUUCUGAAGCACUCACUCGGGCUGAGAGCAGUAAUGCAGAACUCUCUCUACUGGUCAAUAAACUCCAGUCUGAGGAUGCCGCUCUCAGGGACUCUUUAGCCAAAAUGGGUAGCAUGAAUGAGGCGCUGUCCCAAGACAAGGUCGACCUUAACAGCUACAUCCUGCAGCUGGAGGAGGAGAAGGCCCUCCUGCACGCUCAGAAACGCGAGGCUGAGCAGGAGAAGCUGACCAUCAGGGAUGAGCUGGUGCGCUUGGAGCAGGACCGGAUGGAGCUGGACUCUGCCCGUAUCACGCUGCACCAGUCCCUGCAGGACACGGAGCUGAGCCGCGUGGGGAUAGAGGCGGAGCUGCAAGGUCUCAGAACAGAGAGGCUGCAGCUGCAAGGGCGAGUCACGCAGCUGUGUGCUGAGGUGGCCUCCCUGGGUUCCGAGUUAAGCCUCGCCAGAGGAGAGGGCCAACGCAACGAAGCGGCCUUGGAGGAGGUCGGCCGCGGACGGGCGGAACUGGCCCGAGACAAAGCAUCACUUCUCGUCCAGCUGACGGCAUCCGAGAGAGACAACAGCACGCUGUCGGAGGAAUUGGCUGCUUACAGGUCUGAACGCGAGUCUCUGGAGAGCAGCCUGUUUGAGGUGCAGCAGCAACUCGCUCAGGCGGAGUCUCGCAGGGAGCAGCUGGAAUCAGACAACCAAAAACUGAGAGUGUGCUGUGACACGGCAACAGCUGAUCUGCGGCGUGCUCGCGCUGAGGUGGAGAGCGCGUUGGCCCAGGCUGAUAAGGAGAAACAAGCUCUGACUCAGACCCUGAAUGCAGCACAGUUGGAGGCCCAGCAGGCUUUGCGCAAGGCCGUCUGUGAACAUCAAGAGGAGUUGGAGAAGCUUGUCUCGGAAAAGGAGGACCUGCGGCAGAGUCUCACAGCAUCCCAUGGCGGUGCUCUGCGGAAACUGAGGCAGGAGGUCGAGGAUGAGCUGCACAAAGCACAGAGAGAGAGGGAAGACCUACAGAGUGAACUGAGGACGCUGCAGCAUGACCGAGAUCAGAGUCUGCUGCAGGCCGAAACGGAGAAGCAACAGGCUCUGUCCCUGAAGGAGGCGGAGAAAGCGGUGCUGUGCGACAGAGUGUCCAAUCUGCAGGCUGAGCUGUCAGCUGCAGCCCUCGAGGUUGAGCGCAAAACCAGAGCGGCGGCUCUUUGCAAAGAGCAGGAGGAGGCCAGAGUUGGAGCUCUCACCAGCGAGCUGCAGGAGCUUCGCUCUCAGCUUGAGGAUGCUUCCUCUCUUCGUGAAAGGGAGCUUCAGAGUCUGCGAGAGAGUCUUAGCGACUUUGAGUCACGUGCUGACAGUGCCGUAAAAGAGCUGGACAAGUGCAGAGCUUCUCUUGCCGUCAGCGCGGAGAGCCGAGAUCAGCUCAGGCGAGACAUCCUGGAGGCCGAGCGCCGUCUCAACCAAGCUCAGGACGAGGCGGAAAACUACCGGAGGGAAGGGACGGAACUGCGCCGCAGCCUGAGUGACGUCUCCAAGGAGAGAGACGCCCUCAGCCUGUCCAACUCCCAACUCAGGGAGAGUCUUCGAGGGGCGGAGACUGAGAGAAUCAGUGUGAAGCGACAGUGCGAGGAGAAGGACCAGAGGCUGACUGUGCUGCAGGAGAAUUUCUCCUCCGCCCAGAAGGAGGUGGCAGAGCUGCGCAGCUGCCUGAGGGAGGUAGAAAGAUCACGACUGGAGGCACGACGAGAGCUCCAGGAGCUGCGGAGACAGUUGAAGGUUCUGGAUGGAGAGAAGGAGCAGAAAGGGAGGGAGGUCGCAGAGCUGCAGACUCGCUUGUCCCUGGAGGAGCAGAGAGAGGAGGAGCGAGGGAAGGAGCUUUUUACCUUCAAGCAGAAGUUCACCGAAGCUGAGACAGCGCGAGACACACUCAAAAGAGAGCUCUGCCUCGUUCAGAAGCGCCUGACUGAGUCCGAGUCCGGCUGGCGGCUCUGCGAGAGAGAACUGACGGCUCAGCUUCAGGAGGCACGAGGCUGCGAGAAGAAGCUGCAGGACGAAGCCAAGAACUUGGCCCUGCGCACUCAGGCCGCCCAGGACUCGGCUGGCGUGUACAGCCUGCAGCUGAGUGAGGCGCAGGGCCGCCUGGCAGCCACGGAGGCCGAGCUUGCGCGGGCCGAGGCCUGCAAGAGGGAUCUGGAGUUUCGUCUGAGCGGCCUCCAGUCGACACUGACCAGGACGCUAGGUAUUGGAGUGAGAGGGGUCAGGGGGCGGAGCCCGGGAGGGAGCUCUGCAUCGCCUGGCCCCAUGUCACGCCAUCACAGCAUCUCACCCCUACGCUCCUCUUUGUCACCACCUAAAGAAUUCCACACCAGCACCCCUGACAACACUUUGGGCUCCAGAGCUGUGUCUCCAGAGAGAGGGGACACGCCUCUCCCUCUCUCACCCCCUCAGCUAGAGCUGGACACUGACGCUCUACGAAGUGGUCUCAAGGAUUUCCUCCAGGAGCUUCGUGAUACACACAGAGAGCGGGAUGACGCCUUGUGCCAGUUGGGGGCUCUGCAGCGUGAGGUGGACCAGCUGAGGGUGGAUGGAGAUUUGGCGCAGAGCCGCCUCACUCAGCUGCAGAAGACCUUACAAGAAUACCAAGAAGGUAAACGAGGCCUGGACGAGCGCCUGACGCACUCUCAGCUUCAGCUCCAUCAGCAGGAGGAGGCGGCCAGGAGAGGCGACAGAGACAGGCGGGCCCUCGUCGACCGGGUGAAGGAGCUGGAGCGUAUGCUGCAGGCCUGUGAGAUGGAGAAGCAACACAUACAGGAUCAGCUGGACAAGCAGCGAGCCGCAGAGGUGCGUCUGGAGGCCGAGAGAAGGCGCUUGCGGGAGGCGCUGGAGGUGGCCGAAGCACGGGCCACCAGGGUGGAUGUGGGCAGGCGGAGUCUGGAGGGGGAGCUGCAGAGACUCAGACUGAGCAUGGGGGACCGGGAGGCCGAGAGCCAGGCCUCACACGAUCGCCAUGACACUCUGCUCAAACAGGUAGCAGACGGAGAAUCCCGAGUGUCUCUGCUUCAGCGGGAGGUGGACCGAUUGAGUCAGGCUCUCCUGAAAGCCGAAGAAAACGAAGCUCUGCUGCGAGAGAAGACGAUCUCCCUCAACCAGACCCUGCAGGAGGUGGCGGCUGCUCAUGGCAACACUCAGAGUCGCCUGACUUCUCUGCAGAACACUUUGAGCAUGACCGAGCAGGAGAAACAACACCUCCAAGAGAGGAUCGACGAGUCGCAGGCGUCGUUAACCGAAGCGAGGCGCAGCAUGGCCGCCCUCAACGAGCACAUGCACGACCUGCAGAGCGAGCUGCAUCACAGUGAGCUGCAACGCGAGGAACUGGCGACCGAGGUCACCAAGACCCAAGAGGCUCUGCGUCAGCGUACGGCCACUCUGGCUGAGGCCCAGCAUGGCGCCCAGACAUCUCAGAUGGAGCGGGCCGCUGUGGAGGAGCGUCUGCGGGCGCUGCAGAGGGCGGUGGCCCUGCUGGAGACGGAGAAGAAAGAUGCCGAGAGGCAGGCUGUGAGGCUGGAGAAGGAUAAAAAUGCCCUGAGGAACACGCUGGAUAAGGUGGAGCGUCAGAAGCUAAAGAGUGAAGAGGGCAGCAUGCGUCUUUCCGCCGAGAGAAAGCGCUUGGAUCGCUCGCUGAACACGGCUGAACAAGAGCUGCAGGAAGCCCAGCAGCAGAUACUCAUGCUGCAGACGCAGAUGGCUGACAUGGAGCAGUCGCACAGUGUGUGUGAGAGUUUCGCCAGGCAGCGUGAUGAUGCUCAGCAGGAGGCCGAGAGGCUGAGAGCCAGCUUCAGGGACCUGGAGAGGACUCUGGGCUCCAGGGAGCGCACGCACAGGCAGAGGGUCAAAGGUCUGGAGGAGCAGGUGUCCACCUUGAAGGAGCAGCUGCAGCAGGAGAUGAAACGACGACAGCCUUCACUUUCCUCCUCCUUUCUGUCCACGGCCAGCUGAGAGAUGACCGCCAAGAAGGCCAAACGUCCUGACAGCGUCACGUCUGCACUGUAAUUCUAUGAAUAUUCAAUACUAAGCAUGUGUACAUCCGCACAGUCCAGUGAGCUAUAUUCACCGUUCUGUGUUUACAAAGAUGAUAAUGCUCAUUUUUGCGCAUUUGGAGUUGUUUUGUGAUUUACAGGAAGCGGUCAAAAUAUUUAAAACAGCUCAGUAUGACUUAGGCAUGUGCAGAUGUACCUAAUCAAGUGGCCACUGUAAACAUAUAUGUAUUAUGUCCGGCUUUUGAACAUUUUUUAAAACUUUUUUUGUUCUUUUGAACGUUAAAUACCGUCUUGACCCAAAUAUAAGAUGUCAAUCUUUACCUUGAAAAAAGUCUGCAAAACACAAGAAUAUUUAUAUACAUCAGAAAUGACAACAAAACAACAGCUGUAAUUUUAUGAGAAUAAAGUCAAUAUAUUAAGAGAAAAAUGGUGCAAUUUCACGAGAAUAAACUCGUAAUAUUGUGAAGAAAAACAAUUUUGUUUUAGUAGUAGAAAUAUAAAUAGUUUAAAUAUUAAAGAAAAAUAAAUUUGUAUUUUUUAACUCGUUUUUUAAAGAAACAAAACAAAAUAAGUACAUUUUUUGGAAAAUUAUGUUGGGAAAAAGUUAGAAUUUUAUGAGAAAAAGUGACAAGAGUAUGACAAUAAAGUCAUAAUACUACAAGAAGAAAAUUUACAAAGAUUAUUUAAAGAAGAAGGUUGAAAUAAAUACAGUUUAAAAUCAAUUUGAAAAAAUCUGAAAUAACAAAAACAAGCAGCUGUAAUUUUCCGAGAAUAAAGUCAAUAUAUGAAGAGAAAAAAGUUGUUUUCCAACAAGAAAAAAGCUGCAAUUUUACGAAAAUAAACUUGUAAUAUUGUGAGGAAAAAUAAUUUUAUUUUAUUAGCGUAGAGUUGAAGUAUUACCAAAAAAUAAAUUUUUUUAAAAGUCAUUUUUUAGAACUUUUUUAAAGAAACAAAACAAAAUAAAGUUGUAAUUUUUGGAAAAUUAUGUCGAAGAAAGUGAUAAUUUUAUGAGAAAAAGUGAAAAUAGUAUGAGAAUGAAGUCAUAAUAUUACAAUUAUUAUACAAUUAUUAAAAUUGCAAUUAUUGUUGGAAAGUUGGAAAAAAAAAAAGUAUAAAAUAAAAAAAAAAAGUCAGAAUGACAAAAAAAAAACGUCUGUCAUUUUACGAGAAUAAACUAUAUAUACUAUAUAGUAUAGAAAAAUGAUGUCAUUUAGUAGUUUACAAAAUAUCAGGGUGGCCCUUGCAUCCUAUCAUUUUUCAGUCCGGGGCCCUCACCGGAAAAAACUUUGGAUCCCCCUGGUCUACCAGCUAAAAAAUGUGAUAUCCUUUUCUUUUGUUGCAAUCUAACACUGGCGACUUAAAAAAAAACAAAAAAGGAUCUCUUUUUGUCUUAAAAAAAGAAAUGUGGUCUUAUAGUCGGGUCAGUACGGGAUACAGUCGUCCCUCUCAAUAUUGCGGUUCAAUUAUCGCUCCCUCACUGUAUCGCGCUUUUUCAGAACUGAAUGAAUUAAUAAAUGAUGGCUGUUUGGAGGUAGACUUUGGUCUAUUAUUAUUAUCAAAACAUAUGGAAAUACAAGUGAUAUGUAGUAUUCCGAUCACUAGGCGGCGGUAAUAACACAAAACAUUGCGACAUUAGCUUACAUUACAUUACCUUAACACUACAUGAAGUCAUGAAGUCAGCCAUGGCAUGUCACACAUGAUAGCAUAAAAAAAAAAAGUUAUACUCCCAUGCCGUGUGGAAGUGGUAAGUUUUUGGCUUCUUAAGUUUAGAAGAAAUACUUUUGAGGCUGACAGGUUAGCUCCCUCGUUUGCUUGCUAGUCACUGCAGCAUACGAGUUGAGCAAUGUGUUGUAAACAAAGAAUAAUAGGAGUGUCAAAGUGACAGUAUUGGUGUUUUUUCAUGACUACAGGGCUCUAAUAAUGGCAAAGGUUGUAUUUAGAAAGUCAUAAACAGGUUUUCGAUGCUCUAACUAUGAAAAUAUUCCAUGUAGUAACGUUGAAUCCUAUAUUGCGGAAAUUCAUUUAUCGCGGUCGGGUCAGGAACCAAUUACCCGCUAUAAAAGGGGGACGACUGUAUCAUGCUGCUUGUCAUCCACUUUAUAACUUUACACAAGAAGGCUACACGCUGCAUGUAGAUAUGGUGUUAUGUAAAUGAGACAGUAUUUUGUUACUAACCUUAAAAAGUCAAAAAGUGCUUUCAUGUGAAUUUAAAGUACUAUUUUUUAAAUUAUUAUUUGAUGUUUUUGCUCACUGUGUGAAUUGCUGCCAUUUGUGUACUUUUUAAAAUUUUUUAUUAAUAUUUAGCUUAGGACCGAAGCUCAUCCUAUAUUGCCGCAACAUGGACACAUACUGUAAAUAAACCAAUGACAAAAACACAAGAAACAUGAAUCAAAACGCACUUUGCCAAGAAAAUGACGUGCCUACUUCAGUGUUUCCCAGACCUUCAUUUAUUUGUAGCGGGUCGCCACACAUACUGUAAAUUUGGCGCUACCUGCUUCAUUGGCACUUAUAAACACAUUAUAAUGCACUUGGUCUGCCAGAGUGGGGAUAUUAUUAUUAUUAUUAUUAUUAUUAUUAUUAUUAUCAGUGUUGCCAACUGAGCGAGCAAUCAGACCCCUCUAG